UGAUCAGUGUCGCAGAGGAACGCGAACCGUUGUAUUUUCACGGGGGCCAUACGUGGUCCGUGCUCAAUAUUUUUCGUCCGAUCGCCAAGAUCCGGAGCGCCGUCGCCGAAACUCGCGAUACGUCCCGGUCGUUCCUCGCGCGGCACGUCGUGUCACCGCCGCGCAUCGGAACCGGGCUCGUCGCGAGCGAGCAGCUGGCGCGGAUGAAGAAACGCCACGGGCGAGAUUACGCGACAGCGUAACCACGUUCGACGUGUUCCGUCUCUUUUCGCGAGGCGAGAGACCGUCCCGCAAGUGCGUCUCGCGAGAGCCUCGGGCUCGAUCCUAUCCGGAUAAUCGACGACGCGUCCGAGGAGGCGGUUCCUCGGCGUCGGGGACGUGUUGGCGAGCCCCGAGACAUUCGGACGGACGGAUCUCUCCACGAGGAAAUAAAGGUGGUGUCGCGGGUCGCGGGGGAGGUGACGGGCGGUUCAGAGUGAAUCUUUAUUGAAUGUGAUAUCUUUAUAUCGAAGAAAACAUGCCAAAUACGAUGUCGUCACGUCUCGUCGCAUCCGGCGAUGGAUCUCGAAGGAUCGUGUCGCAAUUCCCUCGUGACCGAGUUUGAGGACCGCGCGCGCUCAGUUUUGUCGCUGUUGCUGCUGUGCUGCCGGACAACGAUCCGUUGCGAAAAGACUCAUCCUCGGACUCGCUCGAAUAUUAUUUAUCUCGGCGGCUAUGGUUGUAGCCAGCAGCGGUGGUUGGGUACAAAAUGCCAGUUCGCCCGCUGGGCAGAACAAUUCCAACCUGAGCCAAAAUAAUACGCAGAACAACAACAAAAUGACUGCCAAAGGUAUUCUGAUCUGUCGAGACAAUUCCCAUCCCUUUCAGGAGCGUACAUUGACCUUGGAGCAACCUGUCAAGAUCGGUCGUUCGGUAGCCAGGGCGAGAGCCGCACCGAAUAACGCGAUCUUCGAUUGCAAAGUAUUGUCCAGGAAUCACGCAUUGCUGUGGUAUUCCUCUGGUAAAUUUUAUCUGCAAGACACAUGCAGCAGCAAUGGUACAUUUGUCAAUAAUCAAAGACUCAGUGCCUCGGGGUUGGAGUCAACACCCAAGGAGGUAUGUUCUGGGGACAUAGUGCAAUUUGGAGUAGACGUUGUGGAAAGUACAAAGAAAGUUACCCAUGGAUGUAUAGUCGCUACCUUAAAAUUAUAUCUGCCGGAUGGAAAGGAGGCUAAGGCUAGUCUCAGCACCUCUGUUAGUUCACCCGCUGGGAAUGUAUCCCUCGAGGAUCUUUAUAAGCUUAAUCAAGUAAUGCAAGAAGCUUCGAGACGAGAGAAAGCUCUCUAUUCUAAAUUGGGCUAUCUGCAACAGCUAGUGGAAAAUACUCGUAAAGCUGCCAAUCAAUCGUGGAAAGCACUCAUCACGGAAGACCGUCUGUUGUCGUGGGUAAUGACCGUUGAGAGUCAAUUGGCGGUUUAUUCUAAGAACUAUACCGAGGACAAGAUCAGAAACGAAUUAGCGAAACUUCAAGAUGAGAAAGCGCAAUAUCAGAAUGCAGCCAAGGAAGCUUUACAGAAGAUACUGCAGGAGAAACUGGAGGUCACUCAGAGAUUGGUGCAAUUAGAGGGACGUCUGAACGAAACGGAGGAGGAGUGUCAAAGUUUACACAAUGUAGCCAAAUAUACUCAAACGGAACUUCAGGAACUCAGCGCAAAAUACGCGGAUACUCAGAAGAAACUCCAAGAGACCACCAACAAACUCAUAGAGAGCGAGGAAAAGAUGAAGGAUAUGCUACUUAUCGCGGAACAGGAAAAACGGGAUCUCGCGAAACGGAUUGAAGAUCAGUCGAGAAUCGAGAAGAAUUUGCGGGCGAGAUUGCGCGAUUCCCGAUUGGAUUCUGUUAAUAUUUACAAGCAGAUUACCGCCUUGAGAAAUUAUACGCAGACUCUGCAGGAUAUGAAUUCAAAGCUCGAAGUGAGCGAGAAUUUCGAUUCGAAGACCGACGAAGAUCCCAUAGAGGCUAUAAAUACUAUUCUCAAUAAAUUGAAUUCCAUUCACGUCGACAACAUCGAGAUAGACAGUGAUAUCAAUCUUUACUUCUCCAAGAGCGAGCAAGAUAAUCAGAUCAAUUCGCCGGAUGCGGAUACGAAACAAUUGAAAUCCGCCAAUUCCGACUUGUCCUUCACCAAAGAUCAGCUGGACGAUCUACAAACGACAAUCGACGAUAGCCUCAAGGAAUACAUCUUGCCACCGCCAUCGUCCAGAAGAACUUUGGUCAACGGAAACUUGGCUAAUCUGGAUUCCAACGGCGACUCGGACACAAACUCGGAAGCGACCGACGACACGUGCAGUAUUACGAACGAUGACACUACGAGCGAAAAGUCUGUUAUAGAGAAUAACAAGGAGGAACUAGACACGAUGGAAGCGGAAUUGAAGCAGAGCAAGCUGGAGGUUCGAUUCGCUAAUAUCGAGAACGAUCAACAGUUUGAGGUGCAUCACGAGCCAACGGAACAAAUUGCCAAAGAUGACAACGACAUCGCGGAGAUGGAGAUGGGAGAAACAGCGGCCGAGGACGUACCGGACAACUCAACCGUUGACGAUACGAUAGACGACAGACGCGAUGAGACGGCGGGGAACGAACCCGUCGCGCCGGGGGACGAGUGCGAGGAGCGCGUAGAAGGGGAUUACAUCAAGACCUUGAAAGCUGUCGUAAAGAACGACGCAGCGAUGCAGCAGGCUUACUCCAGCAGGGACUAUAUGCUGCAAACGUUAAUUGGCUCUUUAGACUCGUUAAGAAGCGAGGACAGCUACGAGGCGCAGCGGACGGUUAAGAGGGAGAUGGAGGAGCUGAAGGACUGGCUGAUCCGCGAGCCGAGCGAGAUCGUCGUCGACAAAUUGCGGGAGCUGUAUUAUCGCGCGAAGAACGACGCGCAGCGUAUGCAGGAGGUCAACGAGGAGCUGGUUAUAGUGAAGGAAAAAUACAACGCGUUCGUCGAGGAGAAAGCGGAGCUGUCGAAAAAAUACAUGUCCCUCAAGGCGCAGUGCGGUGAUUUGUUGAGCACGACUUACACCGUGCCGAUACAUUAUGUGGCGCCUAUCGCGAUCAUGCUCGUGUGGAUGCUGUUGGAGAAAAUAUUCUAAUCUCGCGUCUCUUCCUCUCCGCGCGUCCAAUAUUCUUCUCUCAUAAUUAUGUAUAUACGAUACGACAUAAACGCGUUUCAUCUUUCCUGCUCUCUUUUUCUGUUGUUUUUUUUUUUCUCGUAAUAUUGGACGCGACUGAAAUUUCGCCGAGAGGGCAAUCGGAUUCAGCAUAAGUAUGCGUAAAUUUUAUUUUCGAUGCAAUUUAAUGUUUUUUAUACGAACAAACGCUAAGAAUUGUA